AUGGGAUCAAGAUCGAGAGAAACUACUCCUACAAAAGAGGAUUUGGAUUUUAUAGUUGAUGAUGGUUACAAACAUGAUGAGGAUCCAGAUUAUGUUCCAAACGAAAAAUAUGUUGUUACUGGAUCAGAGUUCAAAAAAUUAACCAGAAAUGCUAAAAAGCUUGGUGCUGAAUCACUUGAUUAUUCAACCAGAAAAAAUAACAAAUAUAUGGCCACACUUCCAGGUGGGAAAAAAGUUCAUUUUGGAUCACCAAAAUAUCCAGACUACACUAUUCACAAAGAUAAAGAGCGAAGAGAUAAAUAUCUUUCUCGUGCUACAAAGAUUAAAAACAAACAGGGAGAAUUAACUUAUACUAAUCCAGAAUCGAGCAACUUCUGGUCAGUACAUUUACUUUGGCCAAAAAAUAAAAUUGAUUUAUGAUUUAAAGAUAAUAAAAUAAUUUAAUAAAAUGAGUUAUUCAAAUGGUAAUGUUGAUUUAACAAUGAGUAAUAUGAGAAUUAAUAAUAAAGAUGUUAAUGAAGAUUAUAAAAAAUAUUUAGAAGAAGGAUUAGAAAGAAUUGGUUUUUAUUUAAGUAAUAUGAGAAAUAAUAAUAAAGAUGAUAAACUUAGUAUAAAUUUUUUAGAAGAACGAUUAGAAAAAAUUGGUUGUUAUUUAAUAGGUUUAAUAUCUGAAUUGAGAAAAAUAAAAUAAAAUUGAUUUUUUGAUGUUAUUGAUAAUGUAACAACUUUAUCUCAGCAACAUUUAGAGAAUGAAUAUGGACCAGAUCUAGCAUCAAGUUUGCCUUCACCAUUUUAUUACAAACAAAUAGAAUAUACAGAUAAGAAAGGAAAAAAGAGACCAAAAGUUGAUGAAUCAUCAGCGCCAGUUUUAUACGCAAAACUUAUUUACUCAGAAAAAUCAAGGAAAAUUUUAUCUUUGUUUAAGGGAAAGGGAGGUCGCGAUUUAAAUCCUUUUAAAUAUAUUAAUCAGUACUCUAAUGUUAAAUUAGCAUUGAUAAUUGAAGGAAUAUUUAUAAGUAAAACUGUAACAUCAUUACAAAUAAAAGUACACGAGUGCUAUGUUAAACAAUUAGAACCUAGAAAGAGUUUACUUACAAUUGACGAAAAAAGUAGUGAAAGUGACAGUGACAGUGACAGUGAUAGUGAUAGUAAAGGUGAAGAGAUAACUGAUCAAGUAGUUGAUGACUUACUUUUAUCUGAUGAAGAAGAAACUAAGUAA